AUUUUGUCAAAAAUCGAGAAACGAAAACCGUACGGUACCUAUCUUUUUAAAAUAAGUUAAUUUUCUCGAAUUACGACCGUUAUAUUAGAUAAACAGAGUAUAACUAUAAUAAAUAACACUUUCUGUUCUUUAGAAUCAUUCUAGAAAUCUGUCUAAUUCCCAAAAGACCUAAUAAGUUAUCGGUGGCCAAACGCAGGUGAUAAAAAUUCAAAAUGAAUGAAGAAGAAAUAAACAUUAUCCUUACAGGGAAAGUAUAUUCAGAAAUUGAGCAAAUUCUACAAAACUUCUUGAAAAUUAAUGAGAAAACCUUUAACUUCGGCUACUUAAAUGAGAACAGUAGAGGAGUGACGCUUUGGACAGCAUUGUUUCAACACAUCCAAGAUAAAGCUGCUGAGAGUAUCCACACUACUUGCUUAGCAACAGUCAGGCUUUUGAGCCGAGACAAAACAGAUCUUGACAACAUAAUUUGUGAGAAGUGGGUAACUGUACUGAUAGACAAAGCGGGAUUGUACAAUUUCAUGGAAAUCGGGGAUGGCUCCAUGGAUGUUGAUAUGCCGCAAAAAGAAAUUGUGGUUGAGGCAUUGAAGUGUCUAUGUAACUUGGCUUUUAACAGCGAAGCAGCGAGGGCACUCUGCGCACAGACGAGCAUCGCCAAAGGUCUAGUGGCCCGGCUGAGGUCUUACAAAGAGAUACCUUUCAAGGAUGACAUAAUGCUCUACGACAUGAAGCUGAUAUUCAUACUGACUGCCCUGAGGAAUGACAUCAAAUUGAAAAUCAAAGAAGAAUUGCACGGAAUGGACUAUUUGAUCAGUUGUUUGAAUGAGUUAGUGUUCGAGGCUACAGCGAGUGAUGGUGCUGCAAGCAAUGAAGCUAUGAACUGCUUUCUACAAGAUUCCCAGCAGGCAAUUGCAUGUGAAAUUUUGAAGACACAGUUUAAUUUGAUUCACCAUUCAAGUCCUGAUGAUUGUGUGAGUGAGGAGGAUGAGGCAAUGUUUUUGAAGCUCAUGCCUUCACUAACUGCACUACUGUAUGCUCAAACUACCAGCCAAGAGAAGCUAAUGGAGUUGCACAGCAACAUUGCCAAUUUACUCACCGGUGUUCCACCAAUGUUUUAUCAGUAUUUGACGCCUGAACUCCACGACGGGGAAACGGCUUCAUACGUGUAUGUCGGCAGAAACAUGGACGCGUUACAAGCACUGCUGGAUCUACUUCAGUAUAGGCUGACCAUAACUACAAGCACAAAGAACCAAUACGAAAAUCUAUCCCCUGUACUGACAGUGCUCAACAAGAGUGCAAAAGGCUGCGCCGCCCAGCGCAAGUAUUUGCGUCAGACAGUUCUACCGCCCUUGAGAGAUGUGUCUCUGCCGCCAGAGAAAGGCGGCACCUUGAGGAACCAGCUGUGCCGCCUGCUCACUACACCUGUGACUUCGGUCAGGGAUUUGGUUGCUGAAUUCCUGUUUAUACUAUGCAAAGAGAAAGUCGGUCGUAUGGUGAAGUACACGGGUUUCGGCAACGCGGCGGGACACCUCGCACAGAAGGGUCUGAUGGGGGGCGCGCGCGGCCCCGUCCAAUACUCCUCGAGCAGCGAGGACUCUGACACGGAGGAGUACAUCCAGGCCCAGCCCACCAUAGACCCCGUCAUGGGUUGCACCAGACCCCCUCGCAGCAACCCCUUCGAAGGCAUGUCUGAGGAGCAGAAGGAGUACGAGGCGAUGAAGCUGGUGAAUCUGUUCGACAAGAUGUGCGGUGGCGCCGUCCAGCCCGCCACCAUCGGCCCCGACGGCCGCCCCCAGCCCAUACACCACGUGCUGCAGCUCAGAGAGGACAUGCGCUAAACCAAGACUACCCAUCCACCAUAUGAAUGCCAGGAUUGUUUAAAGUAUUUUAACUUAUUAAAAAUGACAUUACCUACGAUGCGAUGCAAUGCGAAUCCGUCGUUUUGUGUGGGACUCCUAAUGAUCUAUACACCAUAUGCUGCAGCUCAGAGAGGACCUGUGCGCCUAGCAUGCGUAUAACGAGAAAACUUUGUCUACAUUUUUUCUAGAUAUUUGAUGGUUUGUCUCUUUAUCCUUGUUGACCCUAAAAUGACAUACAUUUUUUCUCGUGUAGAUCUGUCGUCAAAAUCUAUCGAUAUAAUGUCAAAAAAUGAUUUGACAUUAUGUCGAUAGACCGCGAGGCCGUGGGCGGUCGCCCACACCGCCCACGCCUUACGCCGUCUCUGGAACCAAUCAACAACGCUAGUGAAAAGAUAAACUCUUAAAAACCUCAGAAAUCAUAAAAGGACGCUAAUAAGUAAUAAGCAAUAGUGUGGUACCCCAGAGAAAAAUCUGGUAUUGUAAUAUGCAUGCAGCAUCCAGUCUUGUCCUAUAAUCUAUAUUAUGAUAUGAAGAACAAGACUGCAGAUAUUUAUAUUAUAUCAAUACCUGAUUUUUUGUGGGUACACUAUUGCUUAUCAGCGUCCUUUUAUGACCAUUGAUUGAUUAUUAAAAAACGCUAUAAGUGUAGUAGCUAAAAAUAAACUCUUCAAAAAACUGCAUUUUUUUUUUCAAAUCAACAUAAUUUUAUUUGCUUAGGAAUAUGGUACAAUAAGGUGUUAGCUUUUUCAUUUUCCAUAUAUAGCUUUUUCAUUUUCCGCGUUGUUGAUUGGUUAAUUUUUUUGAUGCAAGCCAAUCAGAAGCGAUGGUGAAUAGACGACAAGAAAACUAAAAAAACUUCAGAAACCGGAUAGGAAAAUUAUCUUGCGGUUAAAACUAACCAGGAGACUAAAACAAUCGAACGAGAAUGCCGCGUCCUGCUCUAUCAACGUCGUUUCACG